ACUUCCUCUCCGCCCCAGCGGCCCGGCUCUCUGGGCGAGCGAUGCGGGCCGCGGCCAAUCGCGGUGCCCGGCCAGUCCCCGCCACUCGGCCUUAGGGGCCGGCGCCCCUGAGUCGCCCGGGGAAGCCUCAGCGAGAGCGCAGGGCCCGGUCGUCGCAGCCGGUGCCUCCGCUGGGCCCCGGGUCUUAAUCGUUGGCCACCCUCAGCCCCCUCGCCCCUUAGGAGCAGGGAAGAGAAGGAGGCCAGCAGCCUCAGCCCCGAGCCAGGACAGUGCUCGGGCACCAGGGUACCAUGCCGGUGGAAAGGAUGCGAAUGCGCCCAUGGCUGGAGGAACAGAUAAAUUCAAAUACGAUACCGGGGCUAAAGUGGCUGAAUAAGGAAAAGAAGAUUUUCCAGAUCCCCUGGAUGCAUGCAGCUAGACAUGGGUGGGACGUGGAAAAGGAUGCACCGCUCUUCAGAAACUGGGCGAUCCACACAGGAAAGCAUCAGCCAGGAGUAGAUAAACCUGAUCCAAAAACAUGGAAAGCAAAUUUUCGAUGUGCCAUGAAUUCCUUGCCUGAUAUCGAAGAAGUGAAAGACAGAAGUAUAAAGAAAGGAAACAAUGCCUUCAGAGUGUACAGGAUGUUGCCCUUAUCUGAACGGCCUUCCAAGAAAGGAAAGAAACCAAAGACGGAGAAAGAAGAGAGAGUUAAGCACAUCAAGCAAGAACCAGUUGAGUCAUCUUUGGGGCUUAGUAAUGGAGUAAGUGACCUUUCUCCUGAGUAUGCGGUCCUGACUUCAGCUAUAAAAAAUGAAGUGGAUAGUACGGUGAACAUCAUAGUUGUAGGACAGUCCCACCUGGACAGCACCAUUGAAGAUCAAGAGAUUGUCACCAAUCCACCAGACAUUUGCCAAGUUGUGGAAGUGACCACGGAGAGCGAUGAACAGCCAGUCAGCAUGAGUGAGCUCUACCCUCUCCAGAUUUCUCCUGUGUCUUCCUACGCAGAAAGCGAAACCACUGACAGUGUGCCUAGCGAUGAGGAAAGCGCCGAGGGGAGACCACACUGGCGGAAGAGGAACAUUGAAGGCAAGCAGUACCUUAGCAACAUGGGGACACGGAGCACCUACCUGCUGCCCAGCAUGGCGACCUUUGUCACUUCCAACAAGCCAGACCUGCAGGUUACCAUCAAAGAGGAGAGCUGUCCGAUGCCUUACAACAGCUCCUGGCCCCCGUUUACAGACCUCCCCCUCCCUGCCCCAGUGACCCCCACACCCAGCAGCGGUCGGCCUGACCGGGAGACCCGGGCCAGCGUCAUCAAGAAGACGUCUGACGUCACCCAGGCGCGUGUCAAGAGCUGCUAAGCUUUGACUCUCUCUGGUGGUUGUUGGGAUUUCUUAGCUUUGUGUUGUUAUUUGUUUGUAUUUUAUUUUUCUCUCUGAUACCUAUCUUAGACAAAUCUAAGGGAAAAAGCCUUGAUAAUAGGAUAUUGAUUGCUGUGUCCAACUCCAGGGCUGGGGCUUCUUUUUAACUCAGGACUCCAGCCCCUUGGUAGACGCAUAUCUCUAGAACCUGCUGGAUCUCCCAGGGCUACUCCCUCAAGUUCAUGGACCAACAGCCACACGGGCAGUGGAGGUGCUGCGUUGCCUACGGUCAAGGCCAGCAUGGUGGAGUGGAUGCCUCAGAAUGGACGAGAAAAUGUGAACUAGCUGGAAUUUUUUAUUCUUGUGAAUAUGUACAUAGGGCAGUACUAGCAACGUUGCUGUCUGCUUCUGCACCUUAUCUUGAAGCACUUACAAUAGGCCUUCUUGUGAUCUUGCUCUUCUUCACAGCACACUCGGCGUCCCCUUCUGUGCCCAUGACCUCACUACCCACCCAUCCCCAACCCAUCCAUUCCCAGCUCACUACCCACUCUCCCCUCUCCAACCCAUCCAAUCCCAUUCCACACCCACCCCUCCCUCCCCAACCCAUCCAAUCCCAUCCCACACCCACCCCUCCCUCCCCAACCCAUCCAAUCCCAUCCCACACCCAGCACACCCUCCCCAACCCAUCCAAUCCCAGUCCACACCCAUCCCACAUUCCCCAACCCAUCCAAUCCCAUCCCAUACCCACCCCACCCUCCCCAACCCAUCCAAUCCCAGUCCACACCCACCCCACCCUCCCCAACCCAUCCAAUCCCAGUCCACACCCAUCCCACAUUCCCCAACCCAUCCAAUCCCAUCCCAUACCCACCCCACCCUCCCCAACCCAUCCAAUCCCAGUCCACACCCACCCCACCCUCACCAACCCAUCCAAUUCCAGCCCACACCCACCCUUCCCUCGCCCAGUUCCUUUCCCCUUUUCUCUCCUCAAAGGCAAUGUUCUACAUCUUGGAAGAGGAGGAAAAGAAAUUUAAUUUCUCCACAGCUGUCCCAUUUUAAGACUGCUUGAAAAAAAUCUUUCUAAUCUGCUAUGCUUGAAUGCCACGCGGUACAAAGGAAAGCUGUCAUGGAAAUAUUAUGCAAAUUCCCAGAUUUGAAGACGAAAAUACUCUAAUUCUAACCAGAGCAAGCUUUUUUAUUUUUUAUACAGGGGAAUAUUUUAUUCAAGGUAAAAUUCUAAAUAAAAUAUAAUUGUUUUUUA